GCAGCGCUCUCUCUUCCUCCACCCAUCACUGCGCAAUAUCUGGGUUUCCGGGCCCACUCUCUCCCCCCACCCCCCACCAGAGGAGGAAGAGGGAGAAACAGACCUCUACCUCCCCUCUCUUAAGCUCCGCCAGCUGCUCGAGGUGUUCCCCACUCUCGGCCCGGUGCUUAUCACUGAUCUGAGGAGGGUAGAGGCUUGGUACCUCUUAGCAGAACGAAGGUGGUUGGGGGGGAGGUAUUGGCCCAAUCCGGAGAGGGAGAUCUGGAGGGAGGUCAAGUCCAGUCAGGGAGCUAGUGGGGAGCAUCAGCUUCCUACUUUGGGUCUCCAAUCUAGCUCAGGAUUAGGGUUGGGGUUGGAUUUGGGAUUGACGUCGGGCUCGGGGUCGGACGCAGGAGGGAGCAAGCCUGAAAGUGCAGAUGCGGCAUACGACCCCCGCCCAACGCACAGAUUCACAGCUUCGCAAUUCGAUUUCCUGCGCACGCUCGGUACAGGCCCAUUUUCCCGUGUCAUACUCGCGCGCGACCGGCAACCGCAUAUGGGUUUACGCAGACUCUACGCAAUCAAAGUCAUCUCCAAAUCCCUUCUCUCCGAUCCGCAACAUAUCCGGCAAACCAACACCGAGCGGGCCCUGCACCUCUCCGCCUCGCACAUCAAUGCCUCGUCGUACGACGCAUCCUUCGAAGGCCGCUCGCCUUUCAUCGUCUUCCUCCACGGCACGUGGCAGGACUCCGCCCACCUGUAUCUGGUGAUGGACUAUAUCCAGGGCGGAGACCUAUAUACUGCGUUGAGAGCGAAAGCCCGGUUCCCGGUAAGCGUAGCGCGGUUCUAUGCUGCGGAAAUCGUGCUCGCACUAGGCUUUCUCCACAGGAUGGACAUCAUCUUCCGGGACCUCAAGCCCGAGAACAUCCUCAUCACCCCCUCAGGACACGUCAAGCUCACCGAUUUCGGGUUCGCAAAGUACGUUGCAGACGCGACGUUCACCCUCUGCGGUACCUGUGUCUACCUAGCACCAGAACUGAUCAAGCUGGAACCAUAUACAAAGUCCGUCGACUGGUACACUCUCGGGAUCAUAGUGUAUGAGAUGCUUGUCGGCCACCCGCCUUUCGAGCAGGGGAACAUUCUUGCGCUGUAUCAGCUUAUCGACGCGCACCGGGUGACCUUCCCUAGAGAGUAUAUGGGAGACCAAGAGAUCGAUUUCCUGCGGCGGACGAUGACGCCCGACAUUUCCAGCAGAUAUGGGCACAACGUCCCCGCUCUCGAUCCGUGUACUGGCCAGCCUAUACUAGGCAUGUCUAGCUUGGUGGGGGACGACUCCCUUCCCGAUGGGACGGAGGAAGUGAUGCGAGACCCGUUUUUUGAGGGCGUUUGUUGGCCGAUAUUGGAGGGGAGUGCGGGGGGGUACUUUGGCCCAAGGGGGGGAGUACGCGUGCCUUGGAUCCCGGAAAGGGAGAUGAACUUUCAAGAAUACGACGAGAUCGAUUUUGGAAGGUAUAACCAAGCUGCCUAUCCUCUCGGACACCGGUCUGGCUUAUUCCCGGAUUUCUAGUUGGCUCUGGCUCUGAGGGGGUUUACAGGAGCAAGAGCCUGAUGUUAAGGGCUCUGUCUACUGUAAGAUGUGCUUACUGUACCGUUACC